AUGGCAUUGUCCCAGGCCACUCCCUUCUCAGCCACAGAGCUUCUCCUGGCCUCUGCCACCUUCUGCUUGGUAUUCUGGGUGGUCAGGGCCUGGCAGCCUCGGGUCCCUAAAGGCCUGAAGAGUCCACCAGGGCCCUGGAGCUGGCCCCUGAUCGGGCACGUGCUGACCUUGGGGAAGAGCCCACACUUGGCCCUGUCACGGCUGAGCCAGCGCUAUGGAGACGUGCUGCAGAUCCGCAUUGGCUGCACACCCGUGCUGGUGCUCAGCGGCCUGGACACCAUCCGGCAGGCCCUGGUGCGGCAGGGUGAUGAUUUCAAGGGCCGGCCUGACCUCUACAGCUUCACCUUAGUCGGUGAUGGCCAGAGUAUGACCUUCAACCCAGACUCUGGACCAGUGUGGGCUGCCCGGCGACGCCUGGCCCAGAAUGCUCUCAACUCCUUCUCCGUUGCCUCAGACCCGGCUUCCUCAUCCUCCUGCUACCUGGAGAUGCAUGUGCACAAGGAGGCUGAGGCCCUCAUCAGCAAGUUCCAGGAGCUGAUGGCAGGACCUGGGCGCUUUGACCCCUAUGACCACGUGGUGGUGUCCGUGGCCAAGGUCAUUGGUGCCAUGUGCUUCGGGCAGCACUUCCCCCAGAGCAGUGAGCAGAUGGUCAGCCUUGUGACGAACACCCAUGAUUUCGUGGAGACUGCCUCCUCCGGGAGCCCCGUGGACUUCUUCCCCAUCCUUAAAUACCUGCCCAACCCUGCUCUGCAAAAGUACAAGAGCUUCAACCAGAGGUUCCUGCAGUUCCUGCGGAAAAUAGUCCAGGAGUGCUAUCAGGACUUUGACAAGAACAGAGUCCAGGACAUCGUAGGUGCCCUGUUCAAGCACUACGAGGAUAACUCCAGAGCUAGUGGGGGCCUCAUGCUCCAGAAGAAGACUGUCAACCUUGUCAACGACAUCUUUGGAGCCGGGUUUGAUCCGAUCACAACAGCCAUCUCCUGGAGCCUUCUGUACCUUGUGACAAAUCCUGAGAUACAGAGGAAGAUCCAGGAGGAGCUGGACACAGUGAUUGGCAGGGAGCGGCGGCCCCGGCUCUCUGACAGAUCCCAGCUGCCUUAUUUGGAGGCCUUCAUCCUGGAGACCUUCCGACACUCCUCCUUCGUCCCCUUCACCAUCCCCCACAGCACAAUAAGGGACACAACACUGAAUGGCUUCUACAUCCCCAAGGAACGCUGUGUCUUCAUAAACCAGUGGCAGGUCAAUCAUGACCCGAAGCUGUGGGAGGACCCAUCUGAGUUCCGGCCGGAGAGAUUCCUCACUGCCCAUGAUACCACCAUCAGCAAGACCUUGAGUGAGAAAAUAAUGCUCUUCGGCAUGGGCAAGCGCCGGUGCAUAGGGGAGGUCCUGGCCAAGUGGGAGAUCUUCCUCUUCCUGGCCAUCUUGCUUCAGCAGCUGGAGUUCAGUGUGCCACCAGGUGUGAAAGUGGACCUAACCCCUACCUACGGGCUGACCAUGAAGCCUGCCCCCUGCGAGCAUAUCCAGGCACGGCUGCGCUUCCCCAUCAAGUGA